CUCUUCCCUCUCCUCCAACCCACCGUGCCCCGAUUCACCCGCUAGUCCCGGUGGAUAGACAGACGUGGCUGCGCCGCCUCCAGGCUUUCCAGGCUCGGCUUCCCCUCCUCCACGCGCGGCCGCUGCGGCCUGGCCAGGUUGGUACUGGCAGAAGUAUUGCAGAGAUCUGAAUCCUGGAACUUGCUUUUGAGAGCUUGAAACAAAGGACUUCUUUCUAAUUUGGACAUGGCUAAUCGAGGAGCAACAAGACCCAAUGGGCCAAAUGCUGGAAACAAAAUUUGCCAGUUCAAAUUAGUACUUUUAGGAGAGUCUGCAGUUGGCAAAUCAAGUUUGGUGCUUCGUUUUGUAAAAGGACAGUUCCAUGAGUUUCAAGAAAGUACGAUUGGAGCUGCUUUUCUAACCCAGACUGUAUGUCUCGAUGAUACAACGGUAAAAUUUGAAAUCUGGGAUACAGCUGGGCAAGAACGGUACCACAGCUUAGCACCCAUGUACUACAGAGGAGCACAAGCAGCUAUAGUGGUGUAUGACAUUACAAACGAGGAGUCCUUUGCAAGAGCGAAAAACUGGGUCAAAGAACUUCAGCGACAAGCAAGUCCUAACAUUGUAAUAGCUUUAGCAGGCAACAAAGCUGAUCUAGCUAACAAAAGAGCUGUGGAUUUCCAGGAAGCACAGGCUUAUGCAGAUGACAAUAGCUUACUGUUCAUGGAGACAUCUGCCAAAACAUCUAUGAACGUUAAUGAAAUAUUCAUGGCAAUUGCCAAAAAAUUGCCCAAGAAUGAACCACAGAAUGCAGGAGCCAACUCUGCCAGAGGAAGAGGAGUAGACCUUACUGAACCCACACAACCACCCAAGAGUCAAUGUUGUAGUAACUAAAACGUCAGUUGCUUUAAACUGUUCUGAAUAUUCUUCUGCUUCCUAACUGUUAAUAACCAUGGAAUUGGAGUGCUUAACCUGGCCCAGUACUGCUUCCAAACAGCAAAGAGACUUAUGAUAAUAGUCAAGUUCAUGAUACAGAGUUUUCUUUUGACCUAAAAUUUUAACAUGCAUGUAUCCACCACUGGCUGUAAUGUUUCAGCAGUAGAGGAGAGAUGGAAUCAGAAUAAACUUCCUUCAGCUGAAAGGUUUUUAAAAUGAUUUACCAUUAGAGGUGUAGAAUGACUACUUUCUGUGGACCUAAUUCGCCAGUUCCUGUAGCCUCAAUACUGAUUACUGUUAAAAUAAAUACAAUUGGGACUUCUCAUAAUUCUCAGCUAUACCUUAAAAACCUUUUUAGAAACAGGGUCUAAAAAUUACUUAAACUUAUUCACAGUAUUGAUGCAACCAGUAGUUUCUGCAGGUGUCUACUGUUUAGUUAAUACAUUCCAUAGCUGAAUAAUUUAAUUACAAAUAAUACUUGCAGUAACAAUUUUUAAGAACCCUGUGCUUGCCAGAAAGUGGAGUUUUAGUUUGUACACUGUACGUAAAAUGAUCUAAGGAACUUAGUGAGAAAUCAAGUUUAACUUCAUUGCUAAUCUGCUCAGAGGGUACAGACCAGUAAAUUAAACUUUACAACUUAGGAUUUUCUUUUUUCCCUCUCCAGACUGUAAGAGUUCUUCAAGUAAAACCACAACAAACUCAGUGUCUGUGAAUUCUUUCUUGGUUUCGAUCAUUGCUGGCCAUUGCAGUUUGUUUUUCCCCUAAGGAAAAAAAAUAAAUAGUGCACUAACAAUUAUGUACAUCCAACUUGAUUUUAAAUUUGGAUAUUAAUGUACUGUAAAUAGGUACUCUGCAUUGUAGUCUACAUUUGUUUAAUACUUUCUGUAAUAUUUAAGAGUUGCUUAAAGGUAUACAGAAUGUACAGUUACUUAAAGCUAACUUUUUUUCCUCUCUAAUCAAAGGGGGUUCUAAGUUCUUCCUUUGUGGCUAGAACAGUAAUAAAUGAUGCUCCUGUAUCUGUAACAUAAGUACUGCUGUCUGUCAGUAAUGAACUUUGCAACUUUGUUUUCCAAAGUACAUUUUAUUUUGAUCUGUCCAGUAUAUUGCACUAAUUCUUUUAGUUAUUUUUCAUUAUAAUGAAAUCUACCAAGGGUGUCAGAAGAGAUGAAAUAGUCUAUUUAAAUGUAGAAUUGAUAGCAGAUUUCAAAUGUGCAGUCAUCUGGGUUUAGCAAGGAAAAGGACAGUUCACCAGUGUUUAGUUUUAUAUUGAGGUGCUCAGGUUUGAAUAAAGU